AUGUCUCAACCAUCUGGUCCAAAUACAUCUUAUACGGGGGGACAACCAUCUGGUCCAAACAUAUCUUAUGCUGGGGGACAACCAUCUGGUCAAAACAUACCUUACGUGGGAGGACAACCAUCUGGUCAAAACACACCUUAUGCGGGAGGACAACCAUCUAAAGCACCAUAUCCGAAUGCUCCUCCACCAUCAUCAUCUCAUACAAGUCCUUUUCCAGUAAAUUUUCAGCCACCAAAUACAAGUAAUUAUUCAUCACAUUCACUUCCAAACAUAGGACAACAACCGCCAGCAUUUCAAGGAGAUAGUGGUUUUUAUCAAACUUCAUAUCCACAAGCAUAUCCUGGUAAUCAACAACCGCCACCACCAACAGCAACAUCGGCAAAUACUGCAAAUUAUCAAAACUCAUAUCCACCAUCAAACUCAUAUCAAGAAUCGAAUCCUUACCAAUCAUCAAAUCCCUAUCAACAAUCAAAUCCAUAUCAACCUCAACAAGGUGGUCAUCCACGAAAUAAUCAACAACAACAACAACCUUUUCAAAAUCCUAAUGCAUCAUCAUACCCUCAACAAUCUCAAGGUGGAUAUCCUCAAAAUGAUCCACAACGACCAUAUCAACAAUUUGGUGGUGGCAACAAUAUAAAUUUUCAUAAUAAUCGUCUUCGAGCAAUAGCUGAAAAAUAUGAAAUAAAUGAUGCAUUAUUACAACGUCUAAAUAUACUUCAACAAUUUGACAUCGUUGUACUUUGUGAUGAUUCUAGUUCAAUGAAGACACCUGUUGAUGGAACAACUGGUACUCGUUGGGAUGAAUUACGAGCUAUCGUACAAAUUAUUAUUGAUAUUGGUACCAUAUUUGAUUCGAAUGGCGUUGAUGUUCAUUUUCUUAAUCGAUCUCCUAUGCUCAAUGUUACUGAUCCUCGACAAGUUGUCGAAUCAUUUAGUCAACAUCCUCAAGGAUUAACACCUCUUACUCCUGCUCUACGACGAAUUUUUCAAUCAGGAGCACGUCAAUCUAGUAAUAACAAACGUUCGUUAGUGUUUGUAGCCACAGAUGGAGCACCAACCGACAAUCAUGGUAAUGUUGAUAUACAAAGUUUAGAAAAUUUAAUGCGACAUGAACGUCAAUCAAAUACUAUGUAUGUAACAUUUCUUGCUUGUACAGAUGAUAGAGCAUGUGUAAAUUAUUUAUGUCAAUGGGAUCGUACAAUGAUAAAUGUUGAUGUUAUUGAUGAUUAUAAAUCAGAACGAGAAGAAGUACGUCGAACUAAAGGAUUCAAUUAUCCAUUUUCAUUUGGUGAUUACGUUGUUAAAGCAUUAAUUGGUGCUGUUGAUCGACAGAUGGAUGCUCUUGAUGAAUAUCCAAAUAGUGAUAAACAUUGGUAG